CGCAAUAGGCUUCAAGGCUGCAGGAACGUGAGAUUCUCCAUCACUGGCGCCACCAAACCACUUACGACACCAACCAACCAAACCAAAGUUCCAACCUUUCUUUCUCUCGCUAGUCGCCGUGGACUUUUGUUUCGAUAGUUCUCUCUCUCUCUUAUUUCUCAAGUGUAGAUUUUCCUUGCACUUUAAGCUUUCUGUCGCGCUCUACAAUGGAGGCGAAGCUAUUGAAGGCUCUCUCGCCAGUAUUUCCGUCUCCUCAUAUAUCGAAGUUUCUAAGCACAAGUAGCUGCUUGGAUCCCAAAACCGGGAAAUAUCCUUUUACAUUAACGCCGCGAAGCUUGGCAAGGAGACGCAUUCCAUCUAUUCGUGCAUCUGCUUCUUCCAUUGGGUUGGAAAAGAAGAAAAGGGUUGAUGAGAGUGAUAAUUUGACCCUUGAGCAUAUUAGACGUUCCUUGAUUCGACAAGAGGAUAGCAUAAUAUAUAGCCUUUUAGAGAGAUCCCAGUACUGUUAUAACGCUGAUACCUAUGACCCCGAUGCUUUUGCCAUGGAUGGCUUCCAUGGCUCUUUAGUAGAGUUCAUGCUCAAAGAAACUGAAAAACUUCAUGCUCAGGUUGGCAGAUACAAGAGCCCUGAUGAGCACCCUUUCUUCCCAGACUUGCCAGAGCCAGUGUUGCCACCUCUGCAGUACCCACAGGUACUACAUCCCAUUGCUGAUUCAAUUAAUAUAAAUAGGAAAGUAUGGGACAUGUACUUCAGAGAUCUUCUCCCACGAUUGGUUAAAGAUGGAAAUGAUGGCAAUACUGGAUCGACUGCUGUAUGUGAUACAAUCUGCCUGCAGGCUCUCUCAAAAAGAAUUCAUUAUGGAAAAUUUGUCGCUGAAGCCAAAUAUCGGGCCUCUCCAGAUGCAUAUGAAGCUGCAAUUAGGGCACAGGACAGAGAGAGGUUGAUGGAUUUGCUGACAUACAAGAAAGUUGAAGAGGCAAUCAAAAAGAGAGUGGAGAUGAAAGCUAUAACUUUCGGGCAAGAGGUGACAAUAUAUUGCGAGGAAGAUGGAAGUGACCCAGCAUGCAAAAUAGAACCAAGCUUGGUUGCCAAUCUAUAUGAGGACUCGAUAAUGCCAUUGACAAAAGAAGUUCAAGUUAUGUAUUUACUGAGAAGGUUGGAUUAAACUUUUCAAUGGUUGUUUAUGAUAGAGUUUUUCCUGAUAGCAGCCGGUUGAUGCUUGUGCUUGUAAUUACACGUGUGAAAGAUGACAGAUAUGCAAGAUCGCUAUGUAAAAAUAUCAAACAGUUACAGAUUUAGAAAAAUAAAUUUUGUGCAUGGAGACAACCUGCACCAAAUAAGUUGUCAUGUAUCUUAUUCUAAGGCAAAUUGGAAACAUGGAAAAUUUGUUAA